GCCUUGAUCAAAAACAUUACCCCGGCCCCAAAUACUAGACUCCAUCCCUCUGCUUUUUCUUCUUCAACCCCAACCCCCAGAGGAGAAAGACACUUCCUUUGUUGGUCUUGGUUUGGGCUUCUACGGUUCUACUUUCUUCUUUUCUCCUCCUCCUCCUCCAGGCUUCUGGCCUUCGAGGCUUAUGAGAUCAUGGGCAUUAAGUUGUUCAACUUCCAUAUGAUCCCGUGGUGCUUUCAUUUGAUGGGGAAUUACGUCUCCUGCGUGCAGCUCCCGUCUGAAACACCGGUCGAGACCAUCAAACUCAUCAAAUCAGACGGCCUUGUCAAGAUCUACCACCGACCCAUCAACGUUUCCGAGCUCAUGCUUGAGUUCCCAAAACAUCUCGUCUGCCACUCCGAUUCCUUCUACAUAGGUCAGAAGAUUCCGGCUCUCUCCGAGAACGACGAGCUCAAGCUUGGCCACAAGUACUUUCUCCUUCCAAAGCAUUUCUUUCAGUCCGUCCUAUCCUUCGUCACCAUUGCUUCUUUCGCUUCCUUCCCGUCUCAAUCCUCUUCAUCGAGUAAUAUCUCUAAGCACGAGUUUGUCAAGAAGGCUGCAAAUUGUCAACCUUUCGAUUUUCAAAAAACUCCAUCCGGAUCCCUUCAGAUUCGAGUAUCGGAUGAGUUCAUUUCGAAAUUGAUGAUAGAGGGGAAGAUAAAAGACGAUCAAGGAGAGGAUGACAAUCACAGCAAAUCCAAAAAUAGAGUCUGCACAACGCCUCAGUUGCAGAAGGAUUAUACGCAGCUUGUUGGGUCUCGAUCUCGGCAAUGGAAACCAAAGCUUGAGCCGAUACGAGAGUCCGAAAGGAGGAAGCUUUCGUCCUUCAGCAUGAAGAGAAGGAAGACAGCCCAUCAGUCGAAAGGGACCCAUCAGAUUCAGAGACCAGAACACCUUCACGUUACUUCCACAAAACCUCCUUCAAAACCAAAAACAAGGUUUAAAAUCAAGGGAAAGAAAAGCUUGUGAAAAUUGUGGAGCAUUCUUAAUUUGAAUCUUUUUACAUUUUUGUAAAAAAUUGUUCUAAUUUAUUUGAUACAGAUACAUAUAAUUCAGAUUCUCUUGAAUACUGAUCAUCAAUAGAUUCAUUUCACAUA